GUUCCCACAGCAGCCUUGCAGAGCCAGUGUGCCUGAUAAACAGGCUGCCACCCAGCCCUGUUUCGGGCAUGAGGCUCCAUCCACUGCUCUGAAGGCCUGGGGAGCGUGAGCGAUGCCCAGCUGCACCCGGGCAGGGCUCGCCUUUGUUUGCCAGUAAGGAGGAGAGGCUGUCUCAGCUGCAGAGGGGUCACCCCUGCUUCAAGCCGGUGCCUCUUUCCGGCUCCUAUGGGGACCACAGAAGCCACGCUCCGGAUGGAAAACGUGGAUGUGAAGGAGGAAUGGCAGGACGAAGACCUUCCCAGGCCUCUCCCAGAAGAGACGGGGGUGGAAUUGCUUGGCAGCCCGGUAGAAGACACAUCCUCUCCUCCCAACACGCUAAACUUCAACGGAGCGCAUCGUAAGAGGAAGACGCUGGUGGCCCCAGAUAUCAACAUUUCUCUGGAUCAGAGUGAGGGAUCCCUGCUGUCCGAUGACUUCUUGGAUACCCCUGAUGACCUGGAUAUUAACGUGGAUGACAUCGAGACCCCCGAUGAGACUGACUCGCUGGAGUUCCUGGGGAAUGGCAACGAACUGGAGUGGGAAGAUGACACCCCCGUGGCCACCGCCAAGAACAUGCCCGGGGACAGCGCAGAUCUAUUUGGGGAUGGCACGACGGAGGACGGCGGUGCCGCCAACGGGCGCCUGUGGCGGACGGUGAUCAUCGGGGAGCAAGAACACCGUAUAGACCUGCACAUGAUCCGGCCUUACAUGAAAGUGGUCACCCACGGAGGGUACUAUGGCGAAGGCCUCAACGCCAUCAUCGUCUUCGCAGCCUGCUUCCUUCCAGACAGCAGCCUCCCCGACUACCACUACAUCAUGGAGAACCUCUUCCUGUACGUCAUCAGCAGCUUAGAGCUCCUGGUGGCUGAGGACUACAUGAUCGUGUACCUGAACGGCGCCACACCCCGGCGAAGGAUGCCGGGGAUCGGCUGGCUGAAGAAGUGCUACCAGAUGAUCGAUCGGAGAUUGCGGAAAAACCUGAAGUCCUUGAUCAUCGUCCACCCCUCGUGGUUCAUUCGGACUGUGCUGGCCAUCUCUCGCCCUUUCAUCAGCGUCAAGUUCAUCAACAAGAUCCAGUACGUGCACAGCUUGGAAGACCUGGAGCAACUCAUCCCCAUGGAACACGUCCAGAUCCCAGACUGCGUCCUGCAAUACGAAGAGGAAAGACUGAAGGCCAGGAGGGAGAGCGCGAGGCCCCAGCCGGAGUUUGUGAUGCCCAGAUCUGAAGAGAAGCCAGAGGUGGCACCAGUGGAAAACAGGUCUGCUCCAGUCACAGAAGAUCAGGAAACAAGCAUGUCCUGAGGCGACAUGAGCAUAACGAAAGACAUGAAAGAAGAUUCCAGAUGCCAGGAAACCUCUGUCAGACGCCCACUGGCCCCAGAUCUCAUCCUGCCUCAUCCUGAGUCCCAGUCUUCCAAGGGUGCCAGCCCCUCCGUUCAUCUCUGAAACCCAGCAUCCUUUUCAGCUGCUUGAAAACAUUGUAUUUUUUUUUUAACGAUGCAGUAUUCGUGCGUUCCAGAAAAGGGCCCAGCUCUGAGCCCCUCACCCUUCCACACUCACAAACUCUCAGCCGAGGAAGGCAAGAAGCGCAGGGGGUGGCCCGUGUGGCGUCGGUGGCCUCCGCUUCUGCUCGCAGCUGCCGUCGUCAGAGCUGGAUACAAGAUUCAAGACCCUUCUCUUGCUUGUCACCCGCUCUGGGUUGGAGCCACAGACGCCCACCACCACCCUGGCUGGGUCUGCGUCCUUUCCUGUGCCUUUCCCCCCAGAACGCGGCCCCGGACCUAGAAGCUCAACCCCCAGGAGGGCCACGUCCUGAGGUACCUCCUGGCCUCCGACCUUACGUCCAAAAUUCACACCCGUGGUUUUUCAUUUGACCCGCCCCCUUCUCGCUCAUAAUAACACCCAGCUCCUUUGAGAGGAUCAGAGCCCAUUGCACAAGAAGAGCUGCUGCCAACCAUCCUUGUCCUCUGAUUGCAAAACGACACCCCGGUAA